UCUUAUAUUUACUGAGAAUUUGGAAUUACGGGAAGUAAAUUAUAAAGAUGAUGAAAAUGUUUUUAAUGAUGCUAUUUUAAACGAAGAUCAAGCAGAUAACAUUGAGUCGAUAAACUUUCAAAAACAGCUCAAUAUUCCUCAGAACUGUACAAAUUUUGAGGAAAGGGUAAAAAUGGCUUUAUAUAAUGUCAUGAGCUAUUAUUGGCAAGUACCAUCUGAUGAAGGAAUAUUAGCAGCAUUACUUGAUCCUCGAUUAAAAUAUCAAACAAAUACACUACCUAUUAAACAACCCUUACCAUCUACAAGCAAACUAUUAGCCUCUAUGUAUCGGUCAAGUAAUGCUCAAAUGGAUGAAAUCUCUGACUAUAUUGGAAUGCCAGAAAUUUCUUAUGAUCAAUCUAUUUUAGCUACUUCAACUCCUAGCGAAAGGCUAUUUAGUGAUGCUGGAAAUAUAAUGUCUGUUAAAAGAACAAAUCUUUUACCUAUCACAUUCGAGCAUUUAAUUUUUUUAAAAAGGAAUCAUCAUAGUGUUGAUAGUAUUUUUCCAAAUAUGAAGAAUAAGGAGUAA